AUGCCAAUGGAUUUUGGUCGUCCACUUAUUGAUAUUCAGAAACACUCAGCUUCAUUUAAGGCAGAAGACUGGUCAAAUUGGGUAAUACUAUACUCGCUUCUACUCUUAAAAAAUUAUCUUCUAGAAAG